AUGAACUUGGAAUCAUUAAUACAAUUGAGCGCAAAUAUUCAUCCCAGCGUGAAUAAUAAUAAUAUUGAUGCCGGAAACAUCAGCAAUGUUAGUCCUAUCUCAACCCCUACUUCAACACCAAUCCACACUCCACCACAACAAAGUUUUAUGGUUAAUAGCACUAACAACAACAACAAUUAUGCCAUCUUCAGCAACGAUAUCGUUGUUUGUAAUGACAACAAUGGCAAUAGCGGUGAUUGCAAUAACCGCUUCGAGCCACUUUAUAAUUGGUCUCCGGAUUCGAUCAAUUCAUCCGAAUUUACAUGCGACG